AUGGACAGUAUAUUUACAGCAUAUUUACAGCGCAUUGACAAAACCUGGGUGUUUGCAGCGCAUUGGCAUUCCAUUUACGACGCAUUGCUAGCAUUGGUACCUUGGUUACAAACACCUCUGCUACGAUUUUCCACCACCCUUUACCCGCCACCAUCUGCCUCUUCACACUUUCUUUGCCCAUACGGCAAUGACGUCGAGGUCAUGGCCUUUCAAACCAAUGUGCUUCGUGGCGGCCAGUGGGUGACUGAGACGGUCAAUCUGCAAGACGCCCUCGACGCCUCUGCCUCUGAAAAGCCACGUUCUGAACCCAAGGUCCCAGAGCCACCAACACUAGGCAUCCUCACAAAAACUGUUGUAGAGAGUCCGGUCACGAGAUGGAUUCUCCCGCUGUCCAUCCGCUCACCCAAGCAACAGGAUCUUGCUUUUGUCGGGGAUCACUUCGUCCAGAUAAGUGAGCUCGGCAAGGAUGGCCAGAUCCACGAAGUCCUCAAAAAGAACGGCUUCGGGCCUAGAAUUCGAAAUGCCGUUGUUCUAGGUGUAGGUCCCGACUCGGACAUAGUCAACGGUGCUUUGGCAGUCCAAGUCAAAUCAGAAGACGAUAGUUUCCAAUCGCGACAGCCCACUGCUGAGCCGCAGCUCUACUCAACACCUCAUCGCGGCAUCCCUCCCCAGGUACUGGUUCUUAUGCUCGAGAAUGGUGACGCAGUCUUCCUUUUUCUUCGCAAGCGACCUGACUCGAAACUCGAAUUCGUCGUCAGCAAGCACAAACUACCAAGAUCAGUUCCAUAUAUCGGCUAUCAUCUAGCUGUAGACCCAUCCUCUCGAUACAUGGCUGCUUCGACUCCCGAGGGCAUUCUGGUUGUCUACGAGCUACAGCCUUGGAAAGACCUCAAUUCGCGCUACAUUAAAGAUGGCACCUUUUCGCCUAUCCGCCGAAUCCACUUUCGCUCCGUCCAAGGUCUCAUACACAACAUGGAUUUUCUCUUUCCACGACCAGAGGACGAUUAUCACAUAAUACUGUUGCUCAUCGUCAUCCGCAAGGAAAGGCGCAACGCGGAGCCCGUUUCGAGGAUGAUUACGUAUGAUUGGGAGCUCGGCGAUAACCUAAAGACUGUGUUUGAUGAAGAGAAGACCGGAAACCGUUUGCCGGCUGAACACAAGAUGCCAAUACUAUUGAUACCCCUCAAAUUCAAGACGGCCUUCUUCGCCGUCUCCAAGAACAGUAUAGGCGUUGUCAAGCAUGCCCUCUCUGGUUCUCCCGAAUACGAACGGCUCCGGACCGAUAUGCCAAAGCAAACCAAAUUCCACAAUGGCAAGGGCGAACCUUUAUGGACUGCGUGGACGCGUCCAGCCCGGUUGCGGACCUGGUUUCAGCGAACCGACAUCAUUUUUCUUGCGCGCGAGGACGGUGCCUUCAUCUUUGUGGAUAUCGACCAGAAAGAAAUGGUACCCUCCGUUAUCAAUGUCGGCUGCUUAGAAACCAACAUCAAUACUGCUUUUGCAACAUCGUUCGAUCUAUUUUCUGAUGUCUUGAUUGUUGGCGGCGACUCGGGCCCAGGAGGGGUCUGGAAGCUGGCGCCCCGGACCGAUCUGAACCAAAUUAAUAUAACGCCAAACUGGUCACCUGUUGUUGAUGUCGCAACAACCUACGAGCCGGCGAUGGCCAAAGAUUCUGGAGCACGGCAGAGAAACGGUUACAGCAUGAUUGCCCGGAAACCUGAUAGCAUCUUUACAGCAUCGGGAAGAGGUUGCAAAGGAAGUAUAACGCAAUGGCGCUCGGGUAUUCAGGCGAAAAUCGGACUUGAUAUUGAAUCGGAUGAACCAAACAAGCAAGCAUGGAUUUUUCCCGUUGAUGAAAAAGGAGGCUCCUGUCUGUUUGGUAUUCUUACCUUACCCCAUUCUUCGCGGGUCCUGCAAUUUGCCAAAGAUUUAAGCCAGGUCCAGGAAGUAGAUGCCGAGAACACUUCUCUGGAUCUCUCGACCCGUACACUCUUCGCAACCCAACAAGCUGGCAGAAGCAUUCUCCAGAUCACCGAGGCAUUUAUAUGUAUUGCUGUCCUCGAAGAGUUGCUAGGCGUCCCAAAUAUCCGGAUUGACAAAGCCUACGGUCUCACGAACGCCAUUAUUUUGUGCGCCCAGAAAAGAGACCAAGCUGAGAUCUUCAUCGUGAAGCAGCAAGACACUAGUUUCGAUCUGGCCAAAUCUUGGACGGUGGACGGUGAAGCUACGGCGGUGGUUCUUUUUAAUAUUCUGGGGGAGCGACUGGCAGGUAUUGCAUUAAUCCUCGAAGGGCAGCCGAGUUUCUCUCUCUACACAUUGGAUGGCCAGCUAACCGCCACAACACCUCUAAGUACGGACGAGAAGCUUGCCGAGUCUGUGGGCCUUGAAGCUGUAACCAGCAUCUGCGCUGUGGAUGACGAGUCGGGUGCACCCAUACUUGUGCUGGGCACCAGAUGUGGCCACUUGAUAACAAUGCCCGUCUCCAAAGACGCCCGGGAACAGCUCAGCUGGACGACAGAGACCAUGGGAAUCUCCCCAGUAGAACUGUUUCCUGCACCACAGUCGCUGGAGAACAGACAACUGGCUUUCGCAAGCUGCGAUGGCAGCUUAAUAAUGCUUUCGAAUUAUUCGGCCCAAGAACGAUGCUUUUGUACCAAAAACGUUGUGAUACCAACUGAUUCAAACGAUUUGGCAAUGCCCUCACCACCGAUACAUUCCAUCUACAGCCUCGAUGAAAAUCUCUCCGAGCACGUUGGACAUAUGUCAUUGCUCAUGCUGGCGGGAUCCAGGGUCUUGAUGACAGAUAUCUGGCCACAGGCUGGGCUUGUACCUCGAUCAAUGACACUCGAAGGAUCACCGUCGAGAGUUAUUUACUCGCGAACUUGGAAGUGCCUCAUUGUUGCUCUGCUCAAGAAUGACCGGCCAACUUUGGAGUUCUUGGACCCCGAAACAGGUGCAAUAAUCUCUGACCCGUCGGACAAGGAGAAGAACUCGUCAGAAUUCAUUUCUGGGCUGGGUUACGAGGGUGAUCGAAUCUACGGGCUACACGAGUGGCUCUAUGUGAAAGACGGGCGAACAUUUUCCUUUAUUCUCGUGACAACGAAGGAUGGCCGACUAUUAGUUGUAUCAUUGAAAGAGACGGAAGUGAUGAUGGAAGACGGUCCUGUGCGUCGUCUUAAAUACUGGACGCGAUACAAGAAAUGGCUGCCCGGGCCUGUGAGCUCUAUCGUAGGCGAUGCUGAUGGGCUGAUAUUUUGUGUAGAUCGCACACUACACUGGGAGGUUCUGGAUCUGACGGAUAAAAAACUGAAACCGAAGAAGGAAUAUCAACUGGACUCUCCCGCAGUGCAGCUGAAGAUUGUGGAUGGCAAAGUUUAUGCUUUGACGUUGACAAACUCGCUUGAAAUUAUCGACCAUCGUACGGGCACGGGCAUGGCCUUGGUUCACACAGAUCAGGUCGCGAGGCGGACGAUCCACAUGCUGGACAUUGGCAACAACGUUGACGGCUCCGAAGCCGGUCCCAUCACACUUGUGGCGGAUUACAAGAAUGGAUUCGCGGGUGUAUGGGUUCCCAAGGGACAAGACAACCAGGAAUUGCAGGCCGUGUUCGAAGGCCUCCUUCCGAGCUCUGUGCGUCGCUUUGUCAGAACAUGGAGCCGGCCGGCUUGGGUGGCUACGAACCGAAGCCUGCGUUACGGGGCGCUGCGCAGCAGCACCGACGGAGCAGAGUUAUUGGGCGUUGGGUUGGACGGCGCACUGUACCAGUUUACAUUGAUUGAGGUAGAACUUUGGAGGCUUCUGUGUCUGAUCCAGACACUGGCACACCGCAGCCCGCUAUUGUAUCCGCUCUACAACCCAGCGAUCAGCAGCGACUCUGGUGACGACGAUGCAGAGUUAGAGCCCCAGCUACAUCCCAGGCUAAUGCAUAUCGAUGGAGACAUUCUGGGGAAAUGCGUCGAAGGCCGAAUACUGGAAGAGAUAGUGGGCGACGGAGACGGGCUCGACCUGUUCUGCGAAUACCUCGAUGGCAUCGAGAGCGGGCUAUGCACGAGCAGCUUCCGGGACAGCAUGGAGGAAGAGUGGCGCAAAACCAGAUACUUUGACGUGGCAUAUGAGAUAUUGCAAUAUCUCUUGGCGCCAGUGAUAUGA